GCGCCGCCACACAACUUUGCCCAAGAGGCCUAAUGACAGACGAACAAAUGCAGUGUGUCAGAUAAUGCAGCAUGAUCGCGGAAGUAUUCCUCUUGUUCGGCGGUUUUGUGCUCAAGUGGACUGUUCAAGCUCAGUUUGGAAGCAUAUCCAUCGGUGUGGGAAUGGGAGAAGAAAAAAGUGACGAAGGCACUUUUGAUUUUAAGGGGCCAUGUCCGCAAAACACCACAUGCGUGCCUAUCAGCAUGUGUCCACUGCUGGGAGAUCUAAUGGACUUCUCCUGCUUUUCAUCAGACAAAUACUUCCACCGUCUGAACGAACUGACGUGUGGCCAGCUGAACGGAGAGGACUACGUCUGCUGCCCGUCUUGUGACUGCGGCAAAGUGUACCAGGACGGCACGGAGAAGUGCGGCCGCAGUAUGGUGCAGGGAGUCGGAUAUAAGGGGUUAGGGGCACACCCGUGGGUUGCUAGGAUUGGAUUCACGCAGAAAGAAAGCGGCAUCGUAAGGUUUGCCUGUAGCGGCUCUGUGAUAUCAAAACGGGUGGUACUUACAGCUGCUCAUUGCGCAUUGGCCAAGCCUGAGGGGUACAAACUGUCAACAGUGGUGGUGGGAGAGUAUGAUACGGCCCGCAGCCCCGAUUGCAGCGAGUUCUUCUGCGCGCCGCCCACGCAGGCAAUCAAAGUUGAGAACGUGGUCGUGCAUCCCGGGUAUGAGAAGAAGAUCUUCCGACAUGACAUCGCGCUGAUUGUGCUCCAAGAAGACAUUAAGUAUUCUGUAUCUGUAGCACCGAUCUGCUUGAACGACAGGCCGGAAGUCGUAAUAAAUGAACGCGCUUUGCUGGUCGGAUGGGGCAAAUUAUCCGGACAGAACAACUUGGUGACCCGGCAGCAACAACUAGAAGUCCCUCUUGUCUCCUUGUCGAUGUGUGAGCGCGUCUUCGGAGACUCGGUCCCCAUCCAAGAAGGUGAACUGUGCGCUGGCGGCGAAGAGGGCAGAGACGCCUGCUCAGGCUUUGGAGGGGCGCCGCUCUUGCUCAGCCGAGAUGGACAAUAUUACCAGGUGGGCAUAGUGUCGUUCGGGUCAGAAAACUGUGGGAGUGAGGGCGUUCCCAGCGUGUACACGAACAUCGCGCACUACCACAAAUGGAUCGUCGACAAUUCGCCUUCCUGAUCAACAAGUACAACAGAAUCAUUAACAAUACUGAAGAACUGUAACAAAAUAAAAACAUUAACAUCAGA